ACUUGCAGCUACACCUUCCCUGAGAAGGAAAGACACAUUUAGCCUGUUGCCUGCAGCCAUAUAGGCGUUAGGUAGCUUUUCUCUUCAUUCUACUUGGCAAGAAGCAAUCAUCAGAUGACAGAUCUCCUAAAGGAAGGGGGAAAAUCAACAACGUAAAAAAAAAAAGAGAAAAAGAAAAGAGAUAACCAGAAUCAGAUAAGAAAGCAGCCAGAAUAGAGGGAGGGAGGCAGAGGAAGGGUGAGAUCUGUUAGUCCCAGGCUAUAGCGCAUCUGUCAGAUGAAGAAUGAGAGUAAUAAGGGUGUAUUAGCAGAGUAAUCUGACACUGUACUGUAUAUGAGGGAACUGAGCAGGCUCCUCUGAAAGUGACAGCAGGAAAGGGACUUGCUGCACACACUGGGCAUAAGCAGUAGCCCGCACACGGAUCCAGCUGAGGAGCACGGAACCAGGGCACGAACUAGUCCUAUUUGCACGAACUAGUCCUAUUUGCACGAACUAGUCCUAUUUGCAACCUACAGUAUAAGGAAGUAUCUGGCGUUGCUGCUGUUGAUGUGCUAUCAGGAUGCUGCCUGGUAACUUUCUCCUGCUGCUGCUGAUCCUCUUCCUGGGACCGGUCACCCGUGCACAGAAGUUCUCAGCCCUGACGUUUCUGAGAGUGGACCAAGACAAAGACAGAGAAUGCAGUCUGGAUUGUGCGGGUUCUCCAUCUAAACUUCUCUGCGCCUCAGAUGGAAGAACGUUCCUUUCCAGGUGUGAAUUUCUGCGAGCUAAGUGUAAAGAUUCUCAGCUGGAAAUAGCAUACAGAGGAAACUGUAAAGAUGUUUCCAGAUGUGUUGCAGAGAGGAAAUAUACUCAAGAGCAAGCCCGCAAAGAAUUCCAGCAAGUGUUUAUCCCGGAGUGCAAUGAUGACGGCACCUACAGUGAGGUUCAGUGCCAUAGCUACACAGGAUACUGUUGGUGUGUAACACCUAAUGGCCGACCGCUCAGUGGGACUGCUGUAGUACACAAAACUCCUCGCUGUCCAGGAUCAAUAACAGAAAAGCAUCCACAGAGAGAAGGUGCGGGAAAAGCAGAUGAUGUUUCUGUUCCAUCACUAGAAACGCAGCCUCAAGGAGAUGAAGAAGAUUUUGCAUCUCGAUAUCCGACUUUAUGGACAGAGCAAGUCAAGAGCAGGCAAAACAGAACCCACAGAAAUUCAGCAUCAUCUUGUGAUCAGGAGCAUCAAUCGGCAUUAGAAGAAGCCAGGCAACCGAAAAAUGACAAUGUUUUCAUUCCAGAGUGUGCAUAUGGAGGUUUAUACAAGCCUGUACAAUGUCACCCAUCCACAGGAUACUGCUGGUGUGUUCUUGUGGACACUGGGCGACCCAUUCCGGGCACAUCCACAAGGUAUGAACAACCAAAAUGUGACAGCGGAGCAAGAGCCCAUCCAAGCAAAACAAAAGAUUUAUACAGAGGGAGACAACUUCAAGGUUGUCCUGGAGCAAAGAAGAAUGAAUUCCUGACAAGCGUAUUGGAUGCACUGACCACAGAUAUGGUUCAUGCAGUCUCUGACCUGACAUCCUCUUCCAGCAGGGUUUCAGAACCUGAUCCUAAUCAUACCUUGGAAGAAAGAGUUGUUCACUGGUACUUCAAGCAACUUGAUAAAAACUCAAAUGGAGAUAUUGGCAAAAAGGAAAUCAAGCCCUUCAAGAGAUUGUUGCGGAAGAAAUCUAAACCCAAAAAAUGCGUGAAGAAAUUUGUAGAGUAUUGUGAUGUAAAUAAUGACAAGUCUCUGUCGGUCCACGAAUUAAUGGGAUGUCUUGGCGUAACUCAAGAUGAUGUCCCUAAAAACAACGGAGAAAGCCCUUCAUCCAAUAAACAGCAGCAUGCCAGGAAACAAGGAUAAAUGAAGCAUAGCAGCACAAUCAAGAUUCACAUUUGAGAAGUUGAUGCCCAACUUGCCAUGUAGGCAGUGAUAAAAAAAAUAGUAUUUGCACUUUGUACUUUAAAUGUAAAUUCACUUUGUAGAAUUGUGAUAUUUAAGCAGACUUUUGAAUCUGUGAAAUAUAAUGAACUCAAUUGAAAUUAUCACAUACAAUGUAUGUGCCUUGCUCUCUGUUAUAGAUGUAAAAGUUCAGCAUUGUUUAAUCAUGCUUUUUCUCUUAUUCUAUAGGUAAGUACUUACAUUCAUGUAUUAGUAUGACUUGUUUUCUUUACUACAUCGUAUAUUGCUUUUAUUUUCUGUUACAUGUUGUGAUAGACUUUCUGUGAAACCAGUAUUAGGCUUUUUUUUAUAGUUAUCCUUUUUUAUGACAUGCUUGUAAAUUGAUACUUUUAUUUUGCCUAUGUUCUUAUUGUUCUGCUGAGCAAAAUGUAUUUGUUUUUAUGUUGACGUUAUGAAUGCUUUUCAAUCAUUGAAUCACUGAACAAAUAACCAGGGCUUAGUGCUCUUUUUAGUAUACAUGUUUCCUCUAGCAUCUGUUUGAUUUAUUUAUAGAAGUAAUAACACAAUCACGUUGGGUCACAUUGCCAAUAAGUGCCAAAUUCAUCCGAGCCUCUGGGCAUGUAAUCUUUGUCAUAGAGUGGUAAUAAAACAAUAAUAUUUGGUUUUCACAUUGUAAGUCCAAUGAACCAGAAACAACAAUAGCUAAACAAAAGCCGUCUGUCCAGUAUUUUCACUACACCUGGCUGAGAGCUGACAUUCCCAUUCAUUCCUCCUCCUCCUCCCAGUGCCCGAGGGUCAACAUGUAGCAAAAGCUAUCACCUGAACAAAUUAUGAACAUUUGCCUUCAGGAGGAGCAGAGAGUGUGUAACCAUUGCCUUGGGCAUACUCAUUGCCAUCUGGGAGCUGUUUCAACAGGCAUUUAUGCUUUCUGUUCCAUUCCUUUUGAGGUGCCUUAAGGAACAAAGUAUUUGCAGAUGUGAACUUUAUAGUUCAAGUGCAUAAAAAAUGUUUUCAAGAGUUUGGACAUCAAUAAAUUAUAUUCUGCUGCUUCAAUGAUCAAUAACUCCAAGCACAGAUAACAGACACUGAAAAACUACAGUUUUUUUUUUACUUUUUAUUUCAAUAUAUUGAAAAUGUUGAGCCUGACAUACAUACGGCUUUCAGCAGCCAAUAAAUAAUAGUGCUAACUCUCUCUCAUGCAUUCAUGACAUGCAAACCAAAAACAUGCUCGCUUUUUACAACAAUAUUCUUAUUCUCGCUUUAAAAACAAUAUUUAAAUAUUGUAUCAGUAACAGAAGAUGUGUAAUUCAGAUGCACAUUUGUGGUGACAUAAUUCAAUAUAAUCGUGACAUAAUGUUCUUUAUAUACUGUAGAUAAGCUUAAUGAUACUUUGUAGGAUUGCCAAGUCAGCCAUUUAAAACCAGGCACAAAUGAAAUCUACAUGCUGCAUGAUUCACAUUGAGGAGCCGAUUUAUUAAGAUAUUUUAUUUAAAAACAAAAACCAUGUAAAAGCUGUAGAUUAAAAUUUAUUUUUGGAACUUUUAGGAUUGAGGGCACUCCUGGUCAACCAAAGUAGAGCCCACGGUGUGCCUGCUGUUAUAUGCUGGUGGUGCCCUCUUUUGGGUAAUACCAUCAGAAAGAUUAUGCUGGCUCAGGCGAUAGGAAAGAUUGCGGCACUGUGCCAAACCCAUUUCUAUAUUCUGCAUAUGUGCAAAUCAUCGAUAUGUAAAUUCAGGUAAAAAUCUAAUUAAUGAUUAGUUAUAUCACAGGGCAUCUUUGUUUAUGAUGUUUGCUUGUAUCAAACAUUCUCUAUGGGCUUAUUCAGUCUUGGACCCCACCAGUGACUGCCCUGUUAUUGUAACAUAUACCUUGCCCCACUGGUGGCUGCCCUGUUAUUGUAGCAUUUACAGUUCUGCUCAUAAGUUUACAUACCCUAGCAGAAUUUGUGAUUUUCUGGCCAUU